GCACGGGUGCGACUCGGCUGCCUGUCUGCUGGCUCUCGGUCGCUCUCCCGGCUAUGGCGGCGGCCUCUACGGCGGCGGUGCUGCUGCUGGCGGCGGAGAGGCACAGGUGGCAGCGUCUGCCGAGACUCCUGCUGCCGCCGAGGAGAUGGGCUUGGAAGCAAAGAACCAUGAAGUAUGCAACAACCACAGGAAGAAACAUUACCAAGGUCCUCGUUGCAAACAGAGGAGAAAUUGCCUGCAGGGUGAUGCGAACAGCCAAAAAAAUGGGUGUACAGUCCGUAGCUGUUUACAGUGAGGCCGACAGGAAUUCCAUGCAUGUAGAUAUGGCUGAUGAAGCUUACUUUAUUGGCCCUGCUCCCUCCCAGCAGAGCUACCUUUCUAUGGAGAAGAUUAUCCAAGUGGCCAAGAUUUCUGCUGCACAGGCCAUCCAUCCCGGAUAUGGUUUUCUUUCAGAAAACAUGGAAUUUGCCGAUCUUUGUAAACAGGAAGGAAUUAUUUUUAUAGGCCCUCCUUCAUCUGCAAUUAGAGACAUGGGUAUAAAGAGCACAUCAAAAUGCAUAAUGGCUGCUGCUGGGGUGCCUGUGGUGGAAGGUUAUCACGGCGAGGAGCAGUCAGACCAGUUGCUGAAGGAACACGCAAGGAGAAUCGGUUACCCCGUCAUGAUUAAAGCCGUCCGGGGCGGAGGAGGGAAAGGCAUGAGGAUCAUUAGGUCAGAAGAAGAAUUUCAAGAGCAGCUGGAAUCUGCACGGAGAGAGGCUAAGAAAUCUUUCAAUGAUGACACUGUGCUGAUUGAGAAGUUUGUAGACACACCCAGGCACAUAGAAGUCCAGGUGUUCGGUGACCACCAUGGCAAUGCCGUGUACUUGUUUGAAAGGGACUGCAGUGUGCAGAGGCGCCAUCAGAAGAUCAUUGAGGAGGCCCCGGCGCCUGAUAUUAAGCCUGAAGUAAGAAAAAAGCUUGGAGAAGCUGCAGUCAGAGCUGCUAAAGCUGUAAAUUAUGUUGGAGCAGGAACAGUGGAGUUUAUAAUGGACUCAAAGCAUAAUUUCUACUUCAUGGAGAUGAAUACAAGGCUGCAAGUGGAGCAUCCUGUCACUGAAAUGAUCACAGGAACUGACUUGGUGGAGUGGCAGCUUAGGAUUGCAGCAGGAGAGAAGAUCCCCUUGAGCCAGGAAGAAAUAACCCUGCAGGGCCAUGCCUUUGAAGCAAGAAUAUAUGCCGAAGAUCCUAACAAUAACUUCAUGCCGUUGGCUGGGCCCUUGGUGCAUCUCUCAACCCCUCAAGCAGACUGUUCCACUAGGAUUGAAACUGGAGUACGGCAAGGAGAUGAAGUUUCAGUGCAUUAUGACCCCAUGAUCGCAAAGCUGGUGGUUUGGGCAGCCGAUCGCCAGGCGGCCCUGAUGAAGCUGAGGCACAGCCUUCAUCAGUACAACAUUGUUGGCCUGCACACCAACAUUGACUUCCUGCUCAGCCUGUGCGGCCACCCGGAGUUUGAAGCCGGGAACGUGCACACCAACUUCAUCCCUCAGCACCACCGAGAGUUACUGCCCAGCUGGAAGGCUGCUGCCAAGGAGUGGCUGUGCCAGGCAGCCCUGGGGCUUAUCCUGCAGGAGAAAGCCACGACGGAUGCCUUCGGACUCCAGACACAAGAUCAGUUCUCUCCAUUUUCACUCUGCAAUGGAAGAAGACUGAAUGUCGAGUAUAUCAGAAACAUGACACUUAGAGAUGGUAAAAACAAUGUAACCAUAGCUGUAACAUAUAAUCAUGAUGGGUCAUACAGCAUGCAGAUUGAAGAUAAAACUUUCCACGUCCAUGGUAAACUUUCUAGUGAGGGAGGCUGCACUUACCUGAAGUGUUCCGUUAAUGGAGUUGCCAGUAAAGCCAAGCUGAUUAUCCUGGAAAACACUGUUUACCUAUUUUCCUUGGAAGGGAGUAUCAAGUUUGACAUUCCAGUACCCAAAUAUCUAUCUUCAGUGAGCUCAGAGGGGCCUCAAGGAGGUGCUAUCGCUCCUAUGACCGGAACCAUUGAGAAGGUUUUUGUGAAAGUUGGGGACAAAGUGAAGGCUGGAGAUUCCCUGAUGGUCAUGAUCGCCAUGAAGAUGGAGCAUACCAUAAAGUCUCCAAGAGACGGCACCAUAAAGAAAGUCUUCUACCAAGAAGGUUCUCAAGCCAACAGACACACUCCCUUGGUCAAGUUUGAGGAGGAGGAAACUGACAAAAGGGAAACAGAGUAAACCCCAUCAAAGAAAUGGCCAGUUCUGCACUUUCUUAGCCCUGUCUGGAAAAAUAAAAUGCCUCCUGCUUUCCUGGGGUUCCUAUAAGGAGUAGUUUCUACCAAAUGAUGGCGUGAUUGUGUUAAAACACUUUCAUAUUUAGGAACCAUGCACUUGAGUCACAAAUAAAAUGAUCUCAAAAUAUUUCAGACUAAUAAAAUUGA